GUUGCUUUUCUCUGACUGAUUUUUUUCAUUUCAAGCCCGAGAGCCAAAGCAGGAGACCUCCGACAUCGACAGAGAUCUGAGGAACUGCAACACUUGUGCUCGCUAGCAGUUCUCAAGAGCACGCUCACAGCGAGCAACCCGAGAACUGGAUCUUACCGGCUUCGCGUGCGCUGGAGAUAAACUAUUUACAGCAGGUGUUCCACUUGAGUAGUAUUGUUGAUCUUCCACAAGUUCCAGUCUCGCUGUAUCAGUACUGUCAGUAGCAAAUAUUUCUCUUCAUUGCUCAUCCACACGCGUUAGCGCUCAUUGCGACCCAAGACCAAACAAUUAAAUUUUGUUUUCUCUGCUGAACCUGCGAGGUCAAGACUGGACGCACUGCGGCCCGGCACAACGGAGAGUUGCUGCGUGCAUCGUUGAGUGCUGCUAGCUGCUGUUGCUACGUCGGAAGCCUACAAAUAAUUGACCUGACUAUUUCUACGGUGUCCCGGGUUUGUGUUCGCUAGGCCAGACAUUCUGUUCGUACCUCUAUCACGUUUAGCAUAGCUUCACCACUGGGUGGAUAGCAACGGUCUGUAGCAAUGUCAUCUGAGGUAGGAUUUGCCGAGCUGCCACGCCAGGUACACAAGCGUGCACAGAAGCGAGGCUUCGAGUUCACACUGAUGGUCGUAGGAGAAAGCGGUUUGGGAAAAUCAACGCUGGUCAACAGCCUGUUCAUGACGGACUUGUAUGCCGAUAGGGAAAUCCCCAAUGCUAAUGAGCGCAUCGAACAGACGGUGCAGCUGGAAACUUCAACGGUGGACAUUGAGGAGAAAGGUGUUCGUCUAAGACUGACCGUUGUGGAUACGCCGGGAUUCGGGGAUGCUAUCAACAACUAUGAUUGCUGGGACUCUAUUAUCGACUAUGUUGAUAUGCAGUUUGAUCAUUACCUGCGCGAUGAGUCCGGUGUAAACCGUCGCAACAUCGCCGACAACCGUGUUCACUGUUGCUUAUACUUCAUCUCUCCGUCCGGUCAUGGCUUGAAGCCGGUGGACAUUGAGUUCAUGAAACGACUCCAUGGCAAGGUGAACAUCAUCCCCGUCGUUGCCAAAGCAGACAUGCUAACUGCCAAGGAGCUGUCUGCGUUCAAGAAGAAGGUGAUGAAUGAGAUUCAAGAGAAUGGUAUCAACAUCUACACCGGUGGUGAGAUGGAGGAUGAUGAGAAUAAGGAGCUGAAGACGUGCAUUCCGUUCGCUGUCGUCGGCUCCAACACGCUACUUGAGGUGGGCAAGAAGAGAGUGCGUGGCCGCCUCCAUCCAUGGGGUGUAGUGGAAGUGGAGAAUGUGGAGCAUUGUGACUUCUCACAGCUACGUAACGUUCUAAUCAGAACACACAUGCAGGAUCUGAAGGACGUGACGGUGAACGUGCACUACGAGAACUACCGCUCAGGACGCCUGUCAAAGACUGGCGGAACUAUUCUGAGUACGGCGGACAUGAGCCCCGCUGCCCCGUCUCGUCUCUCUGAGGCCGAUCGCAUGCUGGCUGCCAAGGAGAGAGAGCUGGAUGAGAUGCGUAAAAUGAUGGAAAUGAUGAAGACGCAGAUGAUGGAGAAGAAGAGCACGGACGGACAGAGCGUCUAGCCUCGCUCCUCGGAGAGAGGUCUUGCUCUCCUCGCAAAUCCGAUCCCUAUCACAUUCUAUUCUACACGAAUGUGUACUCCCCCACCCUUCACGCAACACACACACACACACAAUUGCGCAUACCCAGGAUUGAGCUGGGAUCUAGGAAGAAUUAUUUUUCAUAUUUCCACAUUUCGCCCACCUGUAACGUGGGUUGACUGAGUCCUUGCACCGCCGCUGCGAGCAGAUUCGCUGGUUUAGCGAAACGUCCCCGGGAAGAUUUCGGCCAACCCUGCACAUGCAUUGAUGAACAUGCAUGUCUUGUCUUGGCCCGGCGAACAGACACCGGCAUCUGUGCAGACCCCCCAGCUUACAACUGUGAGUGCGUGUCAUGUCUGUGGAGAACUAGAAUGCUUCUACAGUAUUCCCCUUUCCCAAACUAACUUGUUUGAUUGCACCUCCUAAUAAUAAUAAUUAUAAUCACUGUAGUCGGUUUCGUUUCAAUUCAA